AUGUUUGGAAUUUGGAUUGCUACAUUCUUAUUCUUUGGCACAUCAACAGGAAAAGAAGUUUGCUAUGAAAGGGUGGGGUGCUUUAAAGAUGGCUUACCGUGGACUGGGACUUUGUCGAGGCAGUUCGCCGGUUUGCCCUGGUCUCCAGAGGAGAUAAACACCCGCUUCCUGCUCUACACUAGACACAACCCCAAAACCUACCAGGAGAUCAGUGCAGUUAAUUACCUCACUAUCCAGAAGUCACAUUUCAGUGCAGACAAGAAGACUCGUAUUAACAUACCCGGAUGGAAAUCGGAUGGAAAAUGGCAGCAAGACAUGUGUGAUGUGCUGCUGAAAGUGGAAGAUGUGAACUGCAUUAAUUUAGACUGGAUUAACGGUUCGCUGGAAUACAUCCACGCUGUCAACAACCUCCGCGUUGCUGGAGCCGAGGUGGCCUAUUUUAUUGAUGUUCUCGCGAAACAGUUUGGAUAUUCCCCUUCUAAAGUGCACUUGAUUGGCCACAGCUUGGGAGCUCACCUGGCCGGGGAAGCCGGGGCAAGGAGGCCAGGCCUCGGAAGGAUAACGGGGUUGGACCCGGCCGGGCCAUAUUUCCACAACACUCCGAACGAAGUCAGGCUGGACCCCUCGGAUGCCGACUUCGUCGAUGUUAUUCACACCAAUGCAGUUCGCUUCUUCUUUGAGUUUGGUGCCGGAACUAUUAAUGCUUGUGGACACCUUGACUUUUACCCAAAUGGAGGGAAACAUAUGCCAGGAUGUGAAGACUUAAUUACACCUUUAUUUACAUUUAAUUUCAGUGCUUACAAGAAAGAAGUGGCCUCCUUCUUUGAUUGCAACCAUGCCCGAAGUCAUCGCUUUUAUAUGGAAAGCAUUCUCGACCCUGAUGCAUUUAUUGCUUAUCCUUGUAGGUCCUACGAAUCUUUUAAAGCUGGAAAUUGCUUCCAUUGUCCCAAAGAAGGUUGCCCAACAAUGGGUCAUUUUGCUGAUAGAUUUCACUUCAAAACUAGGAAGCCUAAUAGAUCCUAUUAUUUUUUAAACACUGGGUCUCUUUCCCCAUUUGCACGUUGGAGGCACAAAUUGUCUGUCAGACUCAGCGGAAACAAUGCCACUGAAGGGAGCAUAUUUCUCCGUGUGAGGGGGAUGACUGGGAAGACGGAGGAGCUUGGGGUGGCCAGUGGAACACUUCAGCCAGGCAUGACGUACACAAAAUUAAUUGAUGCAGGAGUUAAUGUUGGCAACAUUACAAGCAUUGAGUUCUUUUGGAAGGAACAUUCAUUUGGACAUUCCCAGAAUAAGUUGGGAGCAGAAAUGGUGAUAGAUAUAUCUGGAAAAUAUGGAUAUGAAUCUACCUUCUGUAGCCAAGACAUUAAGGGACCUGGUACUGCUCAGACCCUGAAACCAUGCUAA